AUGGUCGGGGAAGAGAAUGGUCGUGGUGUGAGNUCAAUCCGGGAUUUAGAAGUGAAAGAUGUAGUUGCAGCUCCAACAUGUGAUGGCACUUCUACUUUACAGUUUAUUGAUGAAAUCCAACCAUCACCAGCUUUGAAUUCAAAAUCCAAUGCUGCAAGUCACACAUUUGAUGGCGAUGAAUCACCAGCUUUUAACUCAAAAUCCGAUGUUGCAACUCAUACAUUUGAUGGCGAUGGCAAUGACUCUCCUACUUUACUGUCUGUUGAUGAAAUUCCGUUUUCACCAGCCCUCAACUCAAAAUCUGAUGUUGCAAUUCAUACAUUUGAUGGCUCUUCUACUGUACAGUCUACUGAUGAAAUUCAUUUAUCAUCGGAUGAAGUUCAGUUUUCACCAGCCUUCAACUCAAAAUCUGAUGGUGCAGUUCAUACAUUUGAUGGCUCCUCUAUUGUCCAGUCUACAGAUGAAUUUCAGUUGUCACCUCCCUUCAACCUAUCAGAUGUUGAAUCUACAAGCAAAAAAUGUAGCAUGGAAAGCUCUACUCCUUUCACAGAGUUAUCGCAACUUCUUGAAAGUUUGACCUUACAUAGCAGUGGAGACAAUAUUAUAUACCCUGAGGAGAGCCAGGGAAAUGCGUACGCGUCAUCAACAAGAAUGGAUCAUGGAAACAAAGCAUCAUGGGAAAGGAUAGAUGAAUCAAAAGGUGACUCUGAAUCCAUCUCUUUAGCAGAUUCUAAUGAUCAUUUUGAACACUCGAUUUCCCCUUCCAGUAUGAAAGAAACUAGAAGUGAUCUGCAGCAACCUCAUGAUCCUCCUUCCAUUGGUUUAGCAGAUUUUAAUGAUAAUUUUGAACACUCAAUUUGCCAUUCCAAUAUAGAAGAAACUAGAAGAGGUCUGCAGCAACCUCAUGAUGCCCCUAGCAAGGGUCAGAAAGGGAAAGGGCGAAAGCCAAAGGAAACCAAGUCGGGGACAAAAGAGUCUACCCCAAGGAAAAAGAAAAAAGUGGAAGAACCUGAACCAGAAGAUUGGGAACUUAUGAGGAAAAUGUAUUCUAGUGGUGAGCCAAGAAGUAGUGAUCACAUGGACUCUGUGGACUGGGAAGCAGUUCGGUGCGCAGAUGUUGGUGAUAUUGCUGAAUCCAUCCAAGAUCGUGGUCAACAAAACAUAAUUGCAGGAAGAAUCAAGGACUUCCUUAACAGAUUGGUUCAAACUCAUAAUUGCAUUGACCUUGAAUGGCUUCGAUAUGCUCCACCUGAUAAAGUGAAGAAAUAUCUAUUGGAAAUACCUGGAUUGGGGUUAAAGAGUGUAGAAUGUGUCCGACUUUUGUCUCUUCAACAUAUUGCUUUCCCGGUUGAUACAAAUGUUGGACGAAUAGCUGUGCGUCUUGGCUGGGUUCCUAUCCAACCAUUGCCAGAACAAAUGCAAAUACAUCUUUUAGAACAGUACCCAGUCAUGGAUAACAUUCAAAAAUAUCUUUGGCCACGGUUAUGUCAUCUUGAUCAAAGAACAUUGUAUGAACUACACUAUCAGUUGAUCACUUUUGGAAAGGUCUUUUGCACAAAGAAAAAUCCGCAUUGCAGUGCUUGUCCAAUGAGAGGGGAAUGUAAACACUUUGCAAGUGCAUUUGCAAGUGCAAGGCUUGCUUUACCAGGGCCAGUAGAGAAAGGAAUAGUGAAGUCAAAACUCUAUAAUGUAUUUAGUGAAAAUCCUCAGAUCAUUGUCAACCCAAUCCCAACCUGCCUCUUACAUUCUGAUGGUUUAACUUCUGAGAACCAAGUCAAUAAUUGUGAACCUAUCAUUGAAGAGCCACCAUCACCUGAGCGACAUUGUAUAGAAUCUUUAGAACCUGAAUCUAACUUCAAUGAUUUUUGUAUUGGGGAUAUUGAAGAUAUUCCUACUAUUAGACUGCAAGAGAAGAAAUUCCAGGAAAAUUUACAAAAUUUCAUGGAGAUGAAUAAAAUUAUGUUUCAAGAUUCUAAAGCUUUAGUUGCUCUGACGGCAGAAGCAACUUCCAUUCCUGUACAAAAACUAAAGAGUAUUAACCGAUUGCGGACGGAACACUUAGUUUAUGUACUCCCAGAUAAUCAUGAGCUUCUUGAAGGGUUUGAGAAACGAUUAGUUGAUGAUCCCUGUCCAUACCUUCUUGCUAUAUGGUCACCAGGUGAAACACCAAAUUCAAUUGAACCACCUCAAAGUAGAUGCAAUUUUGAAGGGGAUAAUCUUUGCGAUGACCAAACAUGUUAUAAGUGUAAUAGAACUAGAGAAGAAGAUGCUAACAUUGUUCGAGGAACAAUUUUGAUACCUUGUUUGACUGCAAAUAGAGGCAGAUUUCCACUUAAUGGAACUUACUUUCAAGUUAAUGAGGUAUUUGCAGACCAUGAAACCAGUGAGCAGCCAAUUAAUGUUCCCAGGACGAUGAUAGCUAAUCUAACAAGGCAAACGGCGUAUUUUGGAUCCACAGCUUCACAUAUAUCAAAAGCUUUAGAUAUUGAGAGAAUUCAAAGAUGUUUUUGGAGAGGAUUUAUAUGUGUGAGAGGAUUCGAUCGAAGAUCUCGUGCUCCUAAACAUCUUUUAGAAAGAUUUCACUGCUCACCAAGUAAGAUUGUUGUUAAAAAAGCCCCAGGAAGGAGAUGAUGCUCCAACUCCAAGGCUUGUCAAAACAUGUCUCCAGGUUUUGUACAGUUAAAAGCAUAUACAUGUAAAUAAGCUAUAUGCGUCCCAGGGAGACUCCAUUUGAUUUU